AUGCAGAGUGCAGGAGCAUACAGCAACUCAAGCAAUAAUUUGUUACUUAAUUUUUCAAGGCCCCUGAAUGAGAAAAUCUUGUUGUUGCAGGUCCUGGUUGGGGUUUUCCUUUGUAUAAACUGCUUGAUGAUAUUCACAUUUCUGAAAAAGGAGUUUUUUAGGGAUGAAACUCGGUACAUUUUGUUUGCACAAACCUUAUUUGUGGACUCGGCUCUUAUGCUGUUAACUGACUUGCUUUCGGUUGGAACGUACUUUCAGUAUACCAUGCAUAUAAUUCCUUGUAGUAUCAUUUGUACGGUUUUGACUUUUCUUGCCUGCUGUACACCGUUGACUUUAGUGGCUAUGUGUCUGGAGCGCUAUGUGGCUAUAUGCAUGCCUUUGAGACAUGGUGACAUCUCCACAAGCAGGACCAGAUUAUAUGGGCUUUUUAUUAUAUGGGGUAUCAGUUCUAUAAUUCCACUGUUCAAUUUUAUAGGAUAUUGGGCAAUAAUCCCAAGAGCUGCUCAGUACUCCUAUACAGUGUGUACUGCGGAGAUAAUGCUAGGGGAAGCAUGGCAGGCACAUGGGCGUGCUAUCAUUUUUAUUAUCCUUUUCCUUUUUUUGAUCAUUAUCAUUGUCUUCACCUACAUCAAGAUCAUGAUUGCAGCCAGAGCUGCUUCAUGUGAAAAAAGGAAAUCAACCAGUAAGAGUCUCAGAACUGUGCUGCUUCAUGCAUUUCAGUUGUUUCUGUGCAUCGUGCAGUUUUUGAACCCAUAUAUUGAAAUGGCUUUCUGGAAAGUUGAAGCAAAGAUGCUUAUGAAUAUCAAAUAUUCCAUGUUCAUUGUUUUUAUGAUUGCACCACGUUGUCUUAGUCCAUUGAUUUAUGGUCUCAGAGAUGAAAGAUUUUUUCAUGUUUUAAGACAUUAUGCUAUGUGCGGCACUGACUGCCCAUUCUCAAGAUUGCUCGAAAUCAGAAAAACGAAAAUAAGAUCAACACUGGACAUAAAUAAGUGA